GGGCCGUGCUCAGCUGAGGCGAGCCCAGGGUCUGUGACGUCAGACAAGAAACCAGGAAAUUCAUGGGGCGUGGUUGGUAUGCGUGGCUGAUCCGUCAUCUCAUCUCUGCUUAAUCCACAUUUAGUUCGCGCUUGAUUUAUAUAUACCGCUAUUAAAUUCCAUUUUUGUAUCGCCGAAACCAACCAACCCACCCAGAGUGGACCAGUUAUAUCAAAACGACGUAGUUUUUGCUGUUGUCGUUGUCGUCGUCGUCGAAGAAGAAGCAGAGAUGGGGAGCAAGGAUGAGCUGAAGUCGGAGGCUCUGCUGGAGCAGAUGAAACAGCACCUCGCCACCGACAAGAAGAUCGGCCUCGUUUACCAGAUCAACAUCGCCCCCAAGAAAAUUGGGUUCAAUCAGGUGAUUUACACCAUUGAUCUGAAGAGAGGGGAGGUCAAGAAAGGUGCGUAUGAAGGAGGAAAGGCGGAUGCGGCGUUUUCGUUCAAGGAUGAUGAUUUCGUGAAGAUAGCGCUGGGGAAGAUGAAUCCUCAGAUUGCUUUCAUGAGGGGAGGUAAGGGCAGCAUGAGUGCCGCUACCAAAUUCACUCCCGACAUUUUCCCCAAGCCUUCCAAGAUGUGACUUGCAUUUGUAUCAGUUGCAUUAGGAAAGAAGAGGGCUUUAUUUACUUGAAUCAUAGGUAGAAAUCCAUUAGACCAAAUCACCAUACUGUUUCAAUAAGCUGGAACUGCUUUUCAUCUGUUUCUUGUGUCUGCAAAUCUGCCUUCUGCCUCAUUUUAUGUUUAGCUAGCUAUUUGUGUUGCGUA